UAUAAGUUUAAUUUAUAUUUCUAAAACAAAGCUGGAUUUGUAUUGUUGUCCCUUAAACCAACCAUGAUUAAGAACUUAAGCAAUAUCAAGAAUCACAACCACAAACGUGAGUACAUCGAAGCUCUUGAAGUUGAACGUCGCAAGAUCAAUGUCUUCCAACGCGAGCUUCCUCUUUGCUUAGAGCUCGUUACUCGAGCGAUCGAGGCGUAUAAGAGGGAGAUAUCAGGGACGACGACAGAGAACUUGUACGGACAAUCAGAGUGCUCGGAGCAGACCACCGGAGAAUGUGGGCGCGUCUUGGAUCUGUUCAUACCUCUCAGACACUCUUCGACCUCCGUAGAAGAGGUUGACGAUAAAGAUGUUGAUGAUGAUGAGGAUGAUCAUCAACAUGAUUCUCAUGUAACCGAGACCGACAUAGAUUUCAGUGACAAGAACAUGAAAUCUGACUGGCUCAAGUCUGUUCAGCUUUGGAACCAAUCCGACGCAGUUGUGUCUAAGAGACAGGAGUGCUCACAAGAUAAUACGAAGUCGCAGGUGGAAGUGUUAAACAAAAAUGGCGGAGAAGAAAGAAAAAACAAUAACACCAAACUACCGGAGAAUACUAGGAAUGGUGAUCACGGAAGAGGGCAGAGAAAAAAUAGGCGAUGUUGGUCACAAGAAUUACACAGACGAUUCUUGAACGCUCUUAAACAACUUGGUGGUCCUCAUGUAGCUACGCCGAAACAAAUAAGAGAGCUAAUGAAGGUUGAUGGGUUAACCAAUGAUGAAGUCAAGAGUCAUUUACAGAAAUAUAGGCUGCAUGCAAGACGGCCAAGCCAAACAACACCUAACAACAGAGACUCUCAAACGCAACAUUUCGUGGUCGUCGGAGGAAUAUGGGUACCACAGACUAACCACUCCACGGGCAACACCAUCGUCGCAUCGGCUAAGACCACCCCCGGGAUAUAUGGGCCUAUGGUUAGUCCAUUGCCUUCCGAGUGGCCGAGCCAUUCCAGUUUUAGUAGGAUGAGUUCCGAAGAUAGAUCAAGAUGCUCUAACAAAGGAAGUCUUAGGUGUAGCUCAUCAGCGAUGUCUUCUUCUACUCGUACCAAGACGAAAGAUGCAAAAAUAUCAUAAAUUUUUGUAUAUUUCAAUUUUUGUGUUUUUUUUUAAUUAAAAUGAAGGAAAAAUUAUAGACAUUGAAAGAGUAGUGUAUAUAUAUAGAUAGAUGUUUGGAGUGAGACUAGAUCUAUAUAUCACUACUACACAGGAUAAAUGUAAUUUGGGUGUGUUGGAGAAGUAGUACAUUUUUGA